UGUGCUGCGAGAAACGUGUGUGAGUGAGCGACAGUCCGGGAAUUUUCGUAAAUAGUUUUUUCUCGGCAAAUUCUGAAGGCUCCUGUCAAAACAAACAAUAAGAAAAGCCAGAAACAAAAGUGAUGUUGCCUCACCAGACCUGGCUUGGAGAGAUCGUGCCAUUCUUGCCCUGAAAGGUGGCCCACAUUCAAACAACCAGGAGAGGAUGGGGUGAUCUGGAUUCACUAAGCAAAGCAAGGAGACUGCUAGGGAGGUAUCAAGAUGAAGAUCAGGCGUCACAAGAAAGCCCAAAGAAUCUUAGGGUUUUAUCGAAAUAACUUUAAUAUUCGGCCACCGUAUACUGUUUUGUUAGAUGGAACUUUCUGUUACGCAGCUUUAGAGGGAAAGGUGAAAAUCGCCGAGGAUAUUCCAAAAUAUCUAGAGUCGCCAGAGACUAAGCUACUCACAACCCAGUGCAUCAUUUUAGAAGUCGAAAAACUAAAGCUAUUAAAAAAAAAUUUGCAUGGGUCAUAUAUGAUAGUAAAGCAGUUUCCUGUUCAAGUUUGUGGCCAUGAAGGAAGGCCUGUGCCAGCUUCUUCAUGUAUCAAAUCUCUUCUCAAGAAGGAAAAUCCAAUGAAAUUUAUUAUUGCCUCUCAAGACAAUGAAUUAAAGAAUCACAUCCAUGAAAGUGUACCAGGUACUCCUGUGCUUUACCUUCAUGGUAGUGCCCCCACACUUGAGAAACCAACAGAAAAGUCUCAAGAAGAGGCUAUGAACACACACAGUACCAUUACAACAUACGAGCAGAAAACCCUUCACUCACUCAAGAGAAAGUUGAUAGGUGAGGAGCAGGUAGAACCAGAGAGGAAGAAGAAAAAGAAAAAGAAUCCAAACCCCCUUUCAUGUAAGAAGAGUAAAAAAGUAAAGAAACCUCAGCAACAGACAGAAGGAGGAAAGGGCAAAAGAAAGAGGAAGAAACACAAGAAGCCUGGGUCCGUUCACCACCACGUUCAACAAGAAGCAUAGUGAAGUUGGUGGUCUUUCUAGAGAUUUGUGAUCUUAUCUGCUAGAUGUGUGGUAUGUAGGUACAGAAAUUUUUAAAAGAUAAUUCUGAUGUAACCCAAGUGCAAGAUUAGUAAAUUACAUUGACAAAAGAAAAAACUGACAAAAGAAAAAACAAGUAUUUUCUUACUGAAAAAAAAAAAGAUUACUUUUAUCCAACAAUUAACAAAAUGCAUUUAAAUACAUAUUUGAAUGGUUUGGUAAAAACAUGACAACAAUGGACCAAAAGAAUAUUUUGUAAUCAUACAUUUGUAGACAUGGAGUACAUGUAUAGUUACAAAAAAUGUCAAUCAGUGCACAUUUUACUUUUGCACUAGUUAUUCGUUAAAAAAUUGAUAGUAUUUGUUUGUACAAAAGCAAAUGAAAUAUAUAAUUCCUAUUAAUUGUUGUAUCACAUAUUUGGCUGCUAACCUUUUAAUAUUCCACUUUUUUUAAAUAUAAAAGCAGGCUGGUCCACAAUUUUUUUUUUUUUUUUUUUUUUUUUUUUGCUAUUUUUCUAUGUAUGAAAUUGGGGUUCCCUUGACCCACCCUCCUCGAGAAAAGAAAAAAAAAAGUUCCAGGGAUACAAAACUCAUUUUAAGUCACAUACUUAGCAUUGGUGCUAAGCACUGGGAGAGUUCUCUCCCUGUGUUCACUUGCUUCACUUUGUUUACUUAAAAUGCAAAGUCAAACAUUUUUGGAACAUGUCUUUAUUAAUGCAAAAAAUAAAGGCACAUAUUUUGUUUUUAUAAAUAUACAUAUAUAUCUUAA